AUGAUGAAGAAACAUGGGCUUCACUCAUUGGAGUUAAAAGCUCUUAGUGUUCCUUCCUCACUUCGAUUUAUGUUGGGUGUGGAGUAUGAAGUUGUAUACUGUGUUACUGAAGCGGGUAAUCGUCGUCCUUGUACAAUACGAUUUCCUCUUGUUGCCACAACAUUUCGAAAAUUAUUGGAAUUAUGUGCGGAGCGCUUCGGUCUGGAAUGUGUUCAUCACGAAGAUCAUUCUCUCCUCUCUGGAACUGCAAUGAUGCCGACUCUACGGUACAUUGACUAUUUACCAGGAGCUUUGCAUGUGGAGGAAUUGUUGGAAUGCCUUGGUGUAAAACCGUCUACAUCUGCUAAACGCGAUGGAAAUUCUGCACAUGAUUUUGUUGCAUCCUUUAUUGAUUACAGUGAAUACCGUACAGAUACAUCUUUAACAGAUGUACAUGGCACUGGAUUUUACUUAACACUGGAUUAUGGUCUAUCUACUGCUACUCACAGUCAUCUUGUAGAAAUACAGUUUCAUAAGGGCUGUUCUAUAGAUGAAGCUUUACGGGAGUUUGGAGAAUUUAGUGGUUGGAAUACAUUUGACUUGCGUUUUUAUGAUGAAAAUGAUAAACGUGCAGGUGGAAUAGUUGUAAUGCCAUCUAUUCAAGAUGCAUGUGAUUUAUUUGAAAAAUAUGAAGAUGAAGAUUCAGAUGAUGAGGGAGAAUUACUACAAUUCAUUCUUCGCCCUGUUUCACCUCUUGUACCGGUACCUUCUGUAGAGGAUUCUGCUUUAAAAAAGUUGCGUGAUCAACACUGGGGUGAAAUUGUAAAACAUUGGGAACGUUUCUCAAGAUGGCGUAACUGUGUUGUGGUAUCUAAUCUUUAUGAGUCUGCCUCUCUUGAGGAUACACUUGCUUUCUUUGAUGGACUUCCCAUUACGGCUUCUUCUUUGGUGGAGGAUAACUCACCUGCACGACGACGACGUGUUUUUGUAACAUUUGCUACUUCAGAUGCGGCUAAAAAAGCACUUUUACUCGAUGGUAGAAGUACAAAGGGAAAGACACUACGUGUACAAGUGUCACCCCCUUAUAUUGAUGAAAGCAGACGAGGAAGAGUUGUGGGAAGUCAUCCAACUUCACCUUCAGAUGAUGUGGUACGACAUAAGGAAAGUGCACAACGUACUGUCUCUUCUAGUCCACCCUUACAACAAGAGAAACGUGAUGUUGGGACUACUGCUGGCUAUGAUGUUUCCACACAUCACAACAGAGAUCGAAAUAAUAGUAAACGCGAUCAUGAGGAUAAACGCUGGAAUACACCUGCACAAGUCGGUAGCCCUCAAAUCGUCUCUGUAUCGUCGUCUGCUCAAAGAGAGGGUUUGGGUUCAUCCAAUAUUCCCGUACAAUCCACUACUAAUACUAAUACCAACACUACUGCUGCUGCGGCGGCGGCGGCACCGCAGACUACUCUCUGCAACACACCGCCUGUCACUUCGACGAUGAACGCCAACGCGAAGGAGUUCAUUCCCUCCACCGCCUUCCACCCACACGCCGCAUCCCCCGAGAUGUAUCCAUCGCCCAUGUUGGUGCCGUACGUGGAGGAGCAUCUUCUCCCACCGCCCGCCUACAACAGCGUCCCAAUGACGCGCCCCAUCAACUGCACACACCGCAGCCCGCGACUGAGUGCCGCCCCGCCGCCGUACACCGCACCGCCAUCGUACGCCGUCGCCACGCAGGUGUUGCAGCUCGUCACACAGAACCCGCCGUCACCUCCACCACCACCACCACCCUCCUCUCUGUAA